GCUGGGGGAGGGGCGGUGCGCGUGCGCGGUGCCGCAGGCCUCGGAACGGAUUUCGGUUGUGGCGCUAACAGAGGGCUGGCGGCGGCGGCAGUGCCUGUCCCUGGGUGGUCUGGACCCCGGCGCGGCGCUCAGCCGUCCCCACGUGGCCGUUUCCGCGGAGGCUGGUGCUCGGGGGCUCCCGGGGCUGGACCGCACGGCGGGAGGAGCGGGUCGUGUGCUCGGAGCGCCGGGGGGCCCGCAGUGUCCGUCUUUUUAACGAGUUGGUUGUUACUGAAAGACUGAAGAGGUUAAUUGUAGAAACCGAGUUUUGUAGCUUCUGUAGAAAAGUCAGAUCUGUCAGCAUUGGACCCAGAAUACCGCGUGUCACCCAUCACCUAGAGCUGCUCCCUCAGGCACCACGAUGUCUGGGCCCCAGACCCCAGAGCCGGCCCUAGGUGGGCGGGGAGCCUCCUCCACGGGCUCACAGGACGAGGACACGGCUGACGGGAUCCAGAGCUCGCAUCGCAUGCUCAGCUUCAGCGACGCGCUUCUGUCCAUCAUUGCCACCGUAAUGAUCCUGCCUGUGACCCACACGGAGAUCUCCCCGGAACAGGAGUUUGACAAGAGUGUCCAGAAACUUCUAGCGACGAGGAUCGCUGUGUACCUGAUGACCUUCCUCAUCGUGACCGUGGCCUGGGCGGCACACACGAGAUUGUUCCAGGUUGUUGGGAAGAUAGACGAUACGCUUGCCCUGCUUAACCUGGCCUGCAUGAUGAGCAUCACCUUCCUGCCGUUCACGUUUUCCUUGAUGGUGGCCUUCCCCGAGGUGCCUUUGGGCAUCCUCCUGUUUUGUGUGUGUGUGAUGGCCGUCGGGGCCGUGCAGGCGCUGAUCGUGGUCUACGCCUUCCACUGCCCCCACCUGCUGAGCCCCCAGAUCGAGCGCUCGGCCCACCGGGCCCUUUACCGGCAGCACAUCCUGGGCAUCGUUCUCCGGGGCCCGGCGCUGUGCUUGGCUGCGGCCGGCUUCUCCCUCUUCUUCUACCCAGUGUCGUACCUGCUGAUGGCGACAGUCAUCUUCCUGCCCUACGUCAGCAAGGUCGCCGGCUGGUGCAGAGCCAGGCUUGUGGGCCCCAGGGAGCCCCCGGCUCACAGCCUGGAGAUCUUCACCUUUGACCUGCAUGAGCCGCUCAGCAAGGAAAGGGUGGAGGCCUUCAGCGACGGGGUCUACGCCAUUGUGGCCACGCUGCUCAUCCUGGACAUCUGGAACCUGAGGACCUCGGAGGCAAAGCCCUUCAGUGAGGACAACGUCCCGGACUCCAAGGACGUGAAGGCGAAGUUCCACGGCAGCCUAGUGGCGGCACUGGGCGCGUCUGGGCCGCACUUCCUGGCCUACUUCGGCUCCUUCGCCACGGUGGGCCUGCUCUGGUUCGCCCACCACUCGCUCUUCCUGCACAUCCGCAAGGCCACGCAGCCCAUGGGCCUGCUCAACACGCUCUCGCUGGCCUUCGUGGGCGGGCUGCCCCUGGCCUAUCAGCAGACGUCGGCCUUCGCGAGGCGACCCCACGACGAGCUGGAGAGCGUACGAGUCAGCUGCGCCAUCAUCUUCUUCGCCAGCAUCUUCCAGUUCGCCAUCUGGACCACGGCGCUGCUGCAGGGGGGGGAGACGCUGCAGCCCCCGGUGCGGUUCGGGGGCCGGGAGCACGCGUUCAUGUUCGCCAAGCUCGCGCUCUACCCCUGUACCAGCCUGCUGGCCUUCGCCUGCACCUGCGUGCUCAGCAGCUUCAGCACGGCCAUCUUCCACGCCAUGCAGAUCGCCGUGCCCUUCACCUUCCUCCUGUUGCGGCUUCUGGUGCGCUUGGCACUGGCCGGCCUGCGGGGCCUGCGGGGCCUGCGGGGUCUGGCCCGGCCCACACACACCCGGCCGGUGCCUGGGGCCACGGACGAUGCGCAGUCCCCGCUCCUCCCUGCUCCCUGCUAGUGCGGCCCCGGUCCCCUGCCUGAGGUCCAAGUGUCCGGCUGGUGGCCCGGCCUCGGGUUUUGUUUUCCUUGUGAAGUUUCAUGCUCUACCUCAGCCCCUCAGAUUGUCUUCCACUGUUGCAGACAAGAGUCUCGCAGGAGUGUCA